AUGGCGUCGCCCGGGUCGCGGUGGCGGGCGUAUGUGCGGAUCAUGGCUGGUACCAUCCUCGGCGGCGGCGGCCCCGACUUCUACGUCAUGCACCGCAUCGAGACCUCCUACAAGGCGAGGAUGGAGGAGAGGCUGCGUCUAUGGCAAGCUUGA